AUGGCUCUAGUCGUCGACCCAAACCUCGAAAUGGUACCAGAUUUCGCCAGUAACCUGUACGCAGGCAUUCGCACAGACCUCAAAGCUGCCACAAACCAGACCGGAGAAGAAGUCAUAGCUUGUCUCAUGGAGACAUGGAACGCAGACCACAACGCAAGAGUAGUGGAAUGGAACCAAGACCGAGAAGCAGAAGCUAGACGGGAAGCCGAAGCAGAGAGGGAGCGGACAGAAGCUGAAAAGAAGAAGCCAAAGAUGAAUGGCUUUGAGCACGCAUCAUCUGUAGGAGAUUACCUGACUCCCUGUCCUGCUCAAUAUGCAAUUCAGAAACUCACCAAUUUUGAAUAUGUAGAGCUAUGGUACUUCUUGCUGGAAGGGUGCAAAGAUGCUCUCAAGUCUUCACACUCAGUGGCCGACAACGACAUGAGCAUAACGAGGACGGAUGACCAACUCACGCUAUGGCCCACCUCAGCGUUCAAAGUGUCAAAAGUGGCCAUGGCCGACCAUGAGUUAUCAUUCUCGAUUUUCCUCCGAGCAAAGAACUUAUUCCUUGUUCAAAUCAGCAAAGCCAAGUGGCCCCAACCAAACAUCGAUGCACUGUUGUUGUUCUUCUGGCACCUUGAGAACCACUCGAUUCGAAACAACAGUGAAAUUGGUGACAUGGUGAUCUUGACAUAUGCAUUGCGCGUACAUCAAGACUGGCAUGACUGUCUCAAAUGUGAUGAGGGUUUCAACAUUGGUAACAUCAAUGAGAACCUCAUCUGGACGAUCAAUGAGGAGUUGUGGGAUAAAGUUCGCUCUUGCACAUCGAACAUCGUAUGUACCCAGUCUAAAAUCAAUAUCAAACAGACCUGCUAA